AUGGCACAGGCUCUGACAAUGGAGAUAACGUUUCAGGAUGGCCCGUUCACGGGGUCACAAGCGGAGGCCAUCGACGAUGGGCUAGCUGCUCAUGAUAGCUUCCAGGACGGCAAAAGCGACAACGCCGCCACUCAGAAAGAAAACGUGGAUCUCGCCGACAAUACCCUUUCACCGCAGGAGGAACUGCGACUGCGGAGUAUGCUUCACUCAACGAACGAGCAGGACCAAUCCACUGGCGCACCUGAUGGUAGUGAAAUACCGAGCGGGAUUGUUGACUUUGAAGUCGCCAAACCUGGCCAGGUUGACGAACAAGUCCCCAAUCAUACCGCUUCUCAAUACGAGGACGACACGAAUCCAUCUCACAUAAACAGCAUCAUCGACGGCCACCGGAGGAAGCUUUCUUACACCGCGUCCCCGAGAGGAAUCAUGCCGUUUAGCAACGGAGACAGCAAUGAAGACAGCAACGGCAGGGAGCGGGCGGCCAGCCCAACUCGACUCUCGUCGUCGCUGAAGAAGACCGUGGACACAGGCCUGCUGUCGUUGAGGAGCAUAUACGACCCCAUGUCCACACCAUUUAUGAGCCUAGGCAUACUCGGUCGCUUCAUUUUCACGAACACAGAACUUGGAUACAGCCAAUUAUUGACCCGGAACCAAGAAUACUUCCGGAUCAACACUGGCUGUGGGACCAUCGAACCGGCCAACUGCUAA